GUUUGCAUAGUUUAAUGUGAGACACGAUGAUAAAGCUGUUGUCCUGUCCCAUGUUAGAGCGAUUAUUACGGUAGUGCACAGUAGCGCCAGUGCUCUGCCAGUCUCUGUCACUGAACCCCAGGCGACAACAUGGAUGAACAAAAUGUAGGAUUUAACUAAUAUUUUCACACAAAGCGACAAAUGUGAUGGGUGCCGAUGCAAGUAAAAACAGCAAGCCGUACAAAGGGUCGGAGGAGCAAUCGCAGAUAUCCAGAUGGCGGGGAUUUCUGUCCGCUGUGGGCAUUGCUCUUCCAGCUGGACUCUGCCGAAUCAACCCAUUACGAGCUGGAUCACAUCGAAUGAUUUGUGACAAGGAGGCAUCCAUUCCUGAGCACCUGGUCUCCUCAUUACCGGGCCCUGAGAAACUCCGCAUGGAAUGGAGUCUGCCAAGCUUUGUCAACAUGUUUUUGCCUGAAUUCCCCCACCGUAUUGUCCCAGGACAGGAACAUUUCCAGGUCCUGGGUUACAUUGCAAAAGGAUCGUUUGGUCCCAUAUUAAAAGUUAAGGAUAAAUCGAAGCAAAAGACCUACGCAGUUAAGGUUAUUCCCAAAUCUGAGAUCUUGCGCUUGGGGGUUUUGGAGCAGUCAAAGGAGGAAGUAAUAGUCCAGCGUCAGGUACGCCAUCCUUUUGUCCACGACCUGCAGGACUGCUGGCAGACCCAGCGGCACAUCUACAUUAUGUGUGAUUACUGCAGCACAGGGGACUUGUACACGUACUGGGUGAUGAUCGGUCAGUUCGGAGAGGACGUGGUCAAAGUGUUUGCUGCUGAAUUAGGUUCUGCUCUAGGCUUUCUUCAUGACUGUGCAAUCAUCCACCGUGAUGUAAAGAUGGAGAACGUCCUGCUAACAGAUCAGGGCCACCUGCGUCUGGCUGAUUUUGGUUUGUCCCGUCGCCUUGAGCGUGGAGGAAGGGCGUUCACUAUCUGUGGAACAAUCCAGUACAUGGCUCCCGAAGUCCUCAGUGGUGGUCCCUACAACCACACUUCUGACUGGUGGUCGCUCGGAAUCCUGCUCUUUGCGCUGGCCACUGGAAAGUUUCCUGUGCCUCCAGAGCCGGAUCACUGUCUUAUGCUGAGGAGAGUUCGCAGCUUCCCCUAUGACAUGCCAAAAACCUUCUCUCCUUCUUUUGCUCUCCUGCUUACAGAGCUUCUUUGUAAGACUCCAGCACGUCGACUUCGGACACUGGAACGUUUCAAGCGGCAAACUUUUUUCCAUGGCACACCGUUUGAUUCCCAUCUGCUGCAGAAGACACCCAUGGAGCUAAUCCUGGAGCUAAAGAACAGGCCAGACCGCCCUGCCAAAGCCCGUCGAGGCCUGACCCUCGAGUCCUUCCCUAACUUUGACUGCGACUUCCUGUUGAGCUCUCCAUACACACCAGCAGCUCAAGACCUUUCCCCAACUCUGGCCAACAUGGAGCGGGUGGAAGCGCUCAUGCAAAGCCCCGUACCUCAGGACGACCCUUCGCAAAGAGAAGUGUUUGUUUAACAUUUAACAUUUUACAAACCAAAAUCUUUAGAAGCAAGAUGAAGAUGUUGUUAAUCAGUGUAUUUAAAGUGUAUUUCGUUUUUAUUGACACUCUCAUCCAAUUCCUUACCUUUUGUUGAGACGUUUCGUGAAAUGUGGCUCAUAGUUCCUCAUUUCCUGUCAUGUUAUUUGACUAUGUUGUCCUCAUUAAUUAACCAACACUAGAUUUUCUUUAAACAAACAGACCGUAAAUUCAGUUCUUCCCAAACUCAUAAUGGUUUGAAAGCUACACAAACCCUCAGGGACGUCUUUUAAAGCUAAAACGAUCAAAUCGUGACUUAUUCCCUAACCACUAAACCUCAGACUUGUAAAAAAAAAAAAGCUAUGGUAAUGUGAAACUCUGAUGAAUCCCAAAACUGGAUUCUUCUACUUUUAUACAUUCAACAUGUGGUGCGUUGAAUUUGCAUACCGAUCUCUGCCCAAAGCCCGCAGAAUGCUUCAGUUUUCACGAGUAUGUUAGCAAGCACACAGCCUUUAAAGGGAUAGUUCAUCCCAAAAUGAAAAUGUACUCACUAUUUACUCACCCAGCAUUUUUAUUCUGUUGAACAGGCUCUAUUUUAAUGAUCUAGGCUCAAAGUCUAAAGUGCAUGACUCAAAAGCAUUAAGGGCAUGUCAAAAUCCACUUUUGCUAUUUUAAGGAUGGAAAAAUAUGCUUUGCGCUGCGGCGCAUGGUCUAACAGGGUUGUGCUUAUUCUCUUAAUGAGAUAUUGGUGUGUUUUGAGCAUAAAGUGCAUUAAAUCUAUCAGUCUCAUCUCCUAUUAUCUUUAGCAGUCAGUUGCUUCGGGCCGUUGCAUAUUUGUUAUUUACAUGGCAUGACUUAGUAAGUGGAAAAACUGAUUGGACAAACUAAACGCUUCACUAGCGAGAAAACAUUUUAACAGACCAUCUGUGCAAGGAUAAAGAAUGAGUCUCCUCCAUUUGGCCGCUUUACUUUCUCUUUACUUUACUUUUACUCUUUACUCCUUUACUUUUGUGGAUGAGGAAAUGGUGUUAUACACAUUCCACUGAAAGCAUCCAUUAGCCUACAUAUUUUAUUUUGUUUGUUAAGCGUAAAGAUUUGUUUCAAAACUAUUUCUAAAUUCAGUUCUGAUUUCCAGCAAACCAAUAAAUGAGCAAUAAUAACAAAGUGUGUUCAAAAAACUGAGCUCUAUCCAAACACAUGUGCUAUGCUUAUGCCCCAAAUGGUGAAGCAUGCGUCUCCAAAACCCGACAGGUGGACAAAUCUAAACUUGUUUUAAUUAAAACAAAUAUAUAUAUAUAUGCAUAUAAUAAACAAUACUGCUGAUAAUAAUAACAUUAUACAAAUGCAAAUUGUCAUGAAUGAAAAAAGCCCCCCGAGGUGAAGAAGACAUGGAAGUAGUGGUUUUUAUAUUUAUAGAGAAUAUUAAUUUUUGUAACAUUUUAAUCCUUUAAUUUUUUCAAAUGAGUCCACAAAGUGGCGCAAAUGGAUUUGCUAUUUAAACAAUGUGGCGCAAAACGGAAAACUUAGGGUUGCGCUGGUCUGAAAAUAGCAACAAAUUUCGCCAAACACGUCUUGUGACUUAAUGCGCCAGGUAUAUUAUAGGGCCCAAAAUGAAAAUGUACUCACUAUUUACUCACCCAGUAUUUUUAUUAUGUUAAACACAAAAGAAGAUAUUGUGUAGAAUGUUAGAAACCGGUAGCCAUUUACUUCCAAAGGAGGAAAAACAAAUACUAUGGAAGGGGUUACAGAUUUACCUUAUUUUAGAAUUUUGAAAAUUGGACUGCACACUAGGGGAGUGCAAUAUUUAUUUCCUACGGUGAUAUCAUAUUUGUUGUUUUAAUGUGUGUGAGAUAAUAAAAUUAAUAUCACUUAUGUUGCAAAA